GCAGGAUGGAAUCUAUGAUGACAUUCUUACAAAGUUUAAAGAUUGUAAAACAAACAAAAGUAGAAUCCAGAUGGUUGCACAGAUAGAUGGUGUAAAUAAACAUUUUGACAUUAUCCCUGAAAGUAAACAAAAGUCAUCUGAUACUUCUACUAGGUUUAGAAAUGAAGGAAAUACAUUCUUUCAGAAGGGAGAGUUUCAAAGAGCUCUGGAUAAAUAUAACCAAAGUGUAGUGUAUGCUCCUGCAUUGUGUCCUGAUGACCAUUCCAAGGACCAACAUAAAGGAGACAACUUAGAACUUUCCUAUGCCUUAGCUAACCGCUCGGCUGUCUUCUUUCAUCAGAAAAGUUAUGAUGAUUGUUUGAGUGAUAUUGACUUAGCUAUUCAGAAUGAAUAUCCUAAAUCUUUGAUUUAUAAAUUACAUGAAAGAAAAGCAAAGUGCUAUGUUGAAAAGAAAGAAAUACCAAAAGCUACUGAAUCAUUUCAAAAUGCACUCAACUCAUUGUCAGAUGCUGAACUUGAUGAAAAAAAAUCCCAAAAUAUCAAAAACUCAGUUGAAAAGUCGAUUGAAAAAUGCAAGAAAAAUGUAUCAAAUAAUGAUGGAAAGCCAGGAACCCAGUCUUUCCAGAAAUUUCAUGGUCCACUUCCAACCAUUGAGAAGAGAAGUAAAAUAUUCCCAUCUGCAUCAGAUGCAGUUGGGAUAACUGAGAACAAAGAAACAGAAUUUGGACUGGCUGCAACACGGGACAUUUAUGUUGGUGAAGUUCUAAUAAUAGAAAAGGGCUAUACAUCCAUUGUAUUACCAAAGUUUGAUACAAUCUAUUGCCAUCAUUGUUGUCAGCGAGUUGUGUCAGCUCAUCCUUGUCAUCACUGUAGUGAAGUUAUGUUCUGUAGUCACAUGUGUUACAAGGAAUCAUGGGAAGGAUAUCAUUCUAUAGAAUGUCCAUGUUUAGGAACAGUUAAGCAGGCCAAUUUAGGCCUUGGUUACUUGGCUUUUAAGAUGGUAGUGAAAGCAGGAUUAUCUUUAGUAAUGGAGUAUGAGAGACGAGAACAAGAGGAUGGAUGUAAGAGGUCUGUUGGCUUCAAUACUGAUGGUGUUUAUAAUUCUGAUGAUUACAACACUGUAUAUAGCUUAGUUAAUCAUAGUGAAAAACGUACAUCAGAAGAUCUGUUUAAGCGAAGUUUACAAGCAUGUUUUCUACUGAAAUGUCUAGAGAAGACAAGCUACUUUAAUGAAGAUGAGAGAAAAGUAUCAUUUGCUGACAAAUGUUACGUAGCUGGGCAUAUAUUACGACAUAUUAUGAUGCUACCAUGCAAUGCCCAUGAAGUAUCAGAACUUGCGCUGAAACCAGAAAGUUUGCCAGAAUCUGAAACCAAGGAGAUAGGGUCUGGAAUCUAUCCUAUACUCAGUCUUAUCAACCAUUCAUGUGACCCUAAUGUAGUGAGACACUCAUAUGGUGAUGUAUGUGUGGUCAGAGCAAUAAAGAAUAUUGAUGCUGGUGAAGAAAUAGCUGAUAAUUAUGGUGCUCUCUAUCCGUUAACUGUAUGUUCUGAAAGAAGAGAAAUAUUAAAACCACAGUACUAUUUUACAUGCAAUUGUAAAGCAUGCAGAGAAGAUUGGCCGUUGUAUUUCAACAUACCUGUUGAUGUACCCAAGUUCAGAUGUCAGAAAUGUAAUGGACCUGUGGUCAUUCCUCCUGACAAGAAGACAGAGAAUUCUGUUUGUCUUAAUUGUUCACAUGUUCAAGAUACAACAGAUGUUAUUGUCAAACUUCACCAGUCACAAGAUGAAUAUCAGAAUGUUCUACAACAAGUCCUAAUAGGAGAGAGACUACACGAAGCUCUGCCCAAGUUAGAAGCAUAUCUUCAGUUCCUAUAUAAAACUGUGUGUAUACCAUGGCAGGACUGUAACAAUUGUCAGGAAGCUAUUAAACAAUGCUAUGCUGUACAAGCAAGCUGCUUUAUUGCUAGCUGAAUUAACUAUUCAAUGUUAUUUGGUACCUUCAGCAACCCGGUGUAAAAAUAAUUACAAUUAGGAAAAUACAUUUGAUAUUGUGCAAUGGCAAAAGUAAAGAACAAACAUUUUUAUACGACCGCAAAAAAAUUUUGCGGUCGUAUAUUGGUAUGACGUUGGCGUCGUCGUCGUCUGAAGACACAUUGUUUUUUGCACUUUAACUUUAAUUUAAGUGAAUGGAUCUCUAUGAAAUUUUACCAUAAGUUUCAAUACCAAAAAAGGAAGGUUGGGAUUGAUUUUGGGGGUUAUGGUACCAACAGUUAAGGAAUUAGGGGCCAAAAAUAAGCAUUUUUGUAACUUCCAGACAUAACUUGUGUAUUAGUGUAUGGAUCUCUCUGACAUUGUACCACAAGGUACCAUACCACAAAGGGAAGGCUGGGACUGAUUUUGGGAGUAAUUGCCUCAAAAUUUUAGGAAUUAGGGGCCAAAAAGGGGCAAAAAAACAAGCAUUUUUCUAGUUUCAGGACAAUAACGUGUGUGUAAGUGUAUGGAUCUUUAUGAAAUUGUACUACAAAGUUCCAUAUCACAAAGGGAAAGCUGGGUUUGAGUUUGGGGGUAGUUGCCCUAAACGUUUAGGAAUUUGGGGCCAAAAAACAAGCAUUUUUCUAGUUUCCAGACAAUAACUUGUGUUCAAGUGUACGGAUCUCUCUGAAAUUGUACUACAAGGUACCAUACCUCAAAGGGAAGGCUAGGAUUGAGUUUGGGGUGAUGAAUCAUAAGGGGGUUCAAAAAAAUUUGAGGGGGGAUUUUUUUUUUCCUUUUUUUUCUUUAAAAUUUUCCAUUUUAAAUUGGUUAUUUCUGAUUUAUAUAAACAUGUACAUGUAAAAGCAAAUAAUAAUGAUAUGGUUUGAAUAGGUAAAUUAAAACUUUUUAAGGUCUUA